UCCAUUUCUCAGAACUCUCGAAAGUUCAUUUCUUCACUUCCAAUGGCGGCCAGAAACUCUCUGCUGAAGCAUCUUAGGGUUCAUGUUCAGGCCCUGCCUAAAACCAACAGCCCCAUUUUCUACGUCAACCCUUUCAAUGCGAUUCGACGCCGUCUCUUUUCCGAGGAGGUUAGGGGUUCUUUUCUCGACAAAUCGGAAGUCACCGACCGCGUCAUUUCCGUUGUCAAGAAGUUUCAGAAAGUCGAUCCCUCUAAGGUUACUCCAACGGCCCAUUUUCAAAAUGAUCUAGGCUUGGAUAGCUUGGAUACUGUGGAGGUUGUGAUGGCUCUUGAAGAAGAGUUCCGGUUUGAAAUUCCCGACAACGAAGCAGACAAAAUCAAUGCUAUCAACCUUGCAGUUGAUUUUAUUGCCUCUCACCCUCAAGCAAAAUAGACGAAAGCCAUAGAUGCUUUCACUCAGGUUCCUCCUAUUUCGAUGAUAAAAUUAGAUACUGUUAGAUGUCUCUUAUUUGUCGCUCUGUAUUUUGUUGGUGGUUUUCCAAUUGUUAUCCCAAUUCUUAUUAAAAGAGAAUGAUACCUGGUUGAGCCAGCUUCAAGCUGCAUGAGUUGAGGCAGACUGUUAUUGGCUAUACCAAAGCUGCAUGAGUUGAUGCAGACUGUUAUUGGCUUUAAUGAAUCAACUGAGUUUAUGUUUCAAUAAUGAUUUUAUGAGUUUUUCCACGAA